AUGGCAAUGGCUAUGAGAAAGAGAAGCGGUUCUGGCUCAAAAAGACACUUAAAAGAAAAGGUCGUUCAAAUAUACGAGUCCUUCUUUAAAGGUGAAGAUUUGACCAGUGAUAACCCUACUUUUUGGGACGAAUUCUUUUUAUUAAAACCAAAGAUCCCACAAUUAGAGGCUGAAAUUCAUAAACUUUCUAGUGAACAACUAAUGAAUAUGAAAGAGAGUAUCAACAUAUUAGUGGCACAAUGUAUAGAGAUGCUGGGACAGGAGCACCACAUAAGGUUGGUUUAUGGUCUUCAAACAAUGAGUGCUCUGCUUAUUACAAUGUAUCAAAGAGUUGGGCAAGACUCAAGUUUUAAUAUUAACAGUAUCCUAAUAGGAGAAAGUGAUGCUGAGCUAAAAAUGCAAAAAUUGUUUGAACAUUGCAGUAAUAUAUUGUCGGGUGAUGUUCCAGAAAGUUUGAAGUCAAUGGUUCUCAAGUUAUUACUGAUAAUAGCAACAGGAAUAGAUAACAUUGACGAAAAUCCAUUGGUUGAAUAUUUAAUGCUUAAUUCUUUAUUUGAACCAUUAAUACAGUUAUUGUGUACAUCUACAGAGAGACAACAACAUGGUUAUGAUGUUGUUAUGCUCCUAAUGUUAUUAGUCAACUAUAAAAAACAAGAGUCUGCUAAUCCAUAUGUAGUAAAAUUAUCAAUACUUGAUGAUGAAUUAGCUUUAAAUGGAUAUGGCCAAGUUAUAACUGCAACAUUGAAUGAUUUCGUCAUGUCCAUAUUCGGAGGGAUGCAAGGUGGAGGUGGGGGUGGAAGUUGGCUCUCUUCCCUCACUAGCAUGGUGGGUGGGAUAUUUCUCACUAGUGAUGAUACACAACCAGUGGUUAGAGGACAAAGAAACUGUGGUGGUGAGGAAGGAAUGCUGUUAGCUAUGUACGAGGCAGCUCACCUCAAUCGCAACUUCAUGACUACCCUGGCGCAUUCUUCAUCUGCUUCCGCGUCUUCUGCGCCGCCUUCACCGCCUGCUACCUUACCACCACAUCAGAGUCCCCCGAGUCAGGCUCAAAUACAAGCCCUGGAUAAUGACCAACCUACCAAUCUCUUAGUAACAUUCUUCCAAUAUUGUUCCAUAGUAAUGGCAGACACAAGAACUGAAGCUAGUAUUAACAAGUGCAGUUUAUGCUUUAUCACACUCACUUGUAUUGUGGAGGAACAGUUUGCCAACUCCAUAAUGCAUGAUCAAAACUUAAGUUUUAAGGUACAAUUGUAUAGAUUGCCUAUGCGACAUAGAAAAAUAGUACCGGAAGAACCAACUUCCCAGCCUCUAGCCUCUACCCUUAUAGACCUCCUAGUCGAGUUUAUCAUGUGCCAUCUGCUGAAGAAGUUCCCGGGUGAAUUGUACGAACUGUGCGUGGGUGUGUUACUAAGGCUACUCAGUUACCAGAAACGGUGUCGUGUGAGACUCGCGCGAGACUGGCGCCCUCUAUGGGCGGCGCUCAUAGCUUUACUGAAGUUCCUAGUCGCCAAUGAGACUGCGCUUCUGCGUAGACACAACAUCUUCACCAUGGCGCAGCAGGUCGUAAAUAUAUUCAACUUGUUUAUAACAUUCGGAGACACAUUUUUACCAACACCCGCAUCGUAUGAUCAACUAUACUACGAAUUGAUAAGGAUGCAUCAAGUGUUUGAUAAUCUUUUUUAUAUGGCUUUACGAUAUUCGACGGGAGACGGAGAGUAUAAGGCAGAAGCGUUGCGACUCGCCAACUGCUUGGUAAACGUGAGAGCUAUCAUACAACAUUUCUCUCCUAAAAUCGAGGCGUGGCUUGCUUCACAAAACUUAUCCACGCCCACCGAAGAUCAGAUUCUGGACGUAGUGAGAAAGAACUACGAUAGUUUGAUACUGAAAUUACAAGAAGGUUUAGAAUCAUACGAGAGGUAUACUGAACGUAUACAUAGGCCUCUGCUUUCGAAGUUGGUCCUGAGUGCCGUUGCCGCUGCUAGGAAUCGAAGCGACGCGGCCACCAGACAUUUAAACACUGCAGCCGCGGACGCCGUAUCCCAUUAUGCUGGAAUAUCUUAA